CUGCCAAAGAGUUUACCCUGCUCUGCCCUGAGGGGUUGGGACAAAGCAGGUGCAGAGGCACAGCAGAAGCCCAAUACCCAGUCUCCUGAAUGAUGCCAGCCCAGUGUCCCCUAACCUCCAGUGUGGUCCUCCUGGUGCUGCUGGGCACGGCAGGUGCAGGCCCCUUCUCUCCACGAUCCAAUGUAACACUUCCAGCUCCACGGCCCCCUCCAAAGCCAGGGGGCCGGACCGUGGGGGCAGGAGGGGGGAACCCUUCUCAGCUUUACGAGCAUACAGUGGAAGGAGGGGAAAAGCAAGUGGUGUUCACCCACCGCAUUAACCUGCCCCCAUCUGCUGGAUGCGGCUGUCCCCCGGGCACGGAGCCCCCAGUUCCUGCUUCAGAGGUGCAGGCCCUGAGAGUCCGGCUGGAGAUCCUGGAGGAGCUGGUGAAAGGGCUCAAGGAGCACUGUACAGGAGGAUGUUGCCCUGCGGCUGCCCAGGCUGGCACAGGACAAACCGACGUGCGGAGCCUCUGCAGCCUCCACGGAGUGUUUGACCUGAGCCGCUGUGCGUGUUCCUGCGAACCAGGCUGGAGCGGGCCCACCUGUUCCGAACCCGCGGAGACCCGGGUGCCCACCUCUUCGCCGGCCGCAGCCUCUGCGUCCUGUCCCGACGACUGCAACGACCAGGGCCGCUGCGUCCGGGGCCGCUGCGUGUGCUUCCCGGGCUAUGCGGGCCCCAGCUGCGGCUGGCCCUCCUGCCCCGGCGAUUGCCACGGCCGCGGGCGCUGCCUGCAGGGCGUGUGCGUGUGCCGGGCGGGCUUCGCAGGCCCCGACUGCAGCCAGCGCUCCUGCCCCGCCGGCUGCCACCAGAGAGGACGCUGCGAGGACGGGCGCUGCGUGUGCGACCCGGGCUACGCGGGGGAGGACUGCGGGGCAGCACAGGAGCUGGGGCGGGCCUCUAGGCGUGGAACUGAGGCGAUUGUAAUAGUCAGGGAGAUGCCAGCCAUUGAGAGCAUGAGGCUGCACCUCCUGGAGGAGACAACUGUUCGGACAGAGUGGACCCGAGCUCCUGGCCCAGUGGAUGCCUACGAAAUUCAGUUCAUCCCCACGACAGAGGGGGUGAGCCCCCCAUUCACAGCACGAGUGCCCAGCUCUGCAUCAGCCUAUGACCAGAGAGGACUGGCCCCUGGUCAGGAUUACCAAGUCACUGUUCGUGCCCUUCGAGGGACCAGCUGGGGGCCUCCUACUUCUAAGACCAUCACCACCAUGAUCGAUGGUCCCCAGGACCUCCGGGUGGUGGCUGUAACACCAACCACACUGGAGCUCAGCUGGCUGCGACCUCAGGCUGAAGUGGACCGAUUUGUGGUGUCCUAUGUCAGUGCCGGCAACCAGAGGGUGCGGCUGGAAGUUCCCCCUGAGGCAGAUGGGACCCUGCUGACUGACCUGAUGCCAGGAGUGGAAUAUGUGGUGACUGUCACCGCAGAGAGGGGCCGGGCAGUCAGCUACCCAGCAUCCGUCAGGGCCAACACAGCGCCAGGCCACUACAGUUACCCGGAGGUGCGCCCCCCGGCCCUGCCCCCCAAGCCCCGGCCCCGGCCCGCGCGGCCCCCUCGGCCUUUGGGGUACGCAGAGGAGGGGGAGGAGGAGGAGCCGCGUCCCGGGUGGAGCCCGCCCCAGUCCCCCGGACGGCCCCGGGGCAACCUGACGGCGGAGCUGAGCCGCUUCCGCGGCUCGGUGCAGGACCUGGAGCGCCACCUGCGGGCUCGCGGCUACCCGCUGCGGGCCAACCAGACCUACGCCCUACCUGUCUCAGGCACUCCCCCCAAAGCACAGUGUCUCCUGAAGCCACCCUCACCCCAGGGGCCUGGCAUCAUCCUGUGGAUACUCACAGAAAACCUGGUUUUGGGGUCCUUUGGGGUCUACCUGGGCUAUGACAUGGGUUCCCAGGCUCCUCCAGGCCAUGUGCAGGCCUUGGUUGGGCUGGCCUUUGACCAGCAAGCAGAAGUGAUCCCUCCAGCCACUGAGCCCCCACUUGAGCCACGCCUGGGAGACCUGACAGUGACAGAUGUGACCCCUAGCUCCGUAAGCCUCUCAUGGACAGUCCCUGAGGGCCAGUUUGACUCCUUUAUGGUCCAGUACAAGGAUAGAGAUGGACAGCUCCAGGAGGUACCUGUGGCUGGAGACGAGCUUGAAGUCACUGUCCCCAAUCUGGAGCCUGCAAGAAAAUACAAGAUGAAUGUCUAUGGACUCCAUGGCAGGCAGCGUGCGGGCCCCCUCUCUGUGGUAGCUGUGACGGAUCCCCUCCCACCAGCACCCAUCUCCAAGGCCCUCGUGGAACCACGCUUGGGGGAGCUGACAGUGACAGACGUGACCACAGACUCCGUGGGCCUCUCCUGGACAGUCCCUGAGGGGGAAUUUGACUCCUUCCUCGUCCAGUACAAGGACAGGGAUGGGCAGCCCCAGGUGGUGCCGGUGGCAGCAGACCAGCGAGAGGUCACUGUCUCCAACCUAGAGCCAUCCCGCAAGUACAAGUUCCUGCUCUUUGGAAUGUGGGAUGGGAGACGACGCAGCCCAGUCUCUGUGGAGACAAAAACAGCUGCCCAAGAUGACGCCAGCCCACCCCGCCUUGGGGAGUUAUGGGUGACAGACACUACUACAGAUUCCCUGCGCCUUUCCUGGACAGUCCCGGAAGGGCAGUUCGACUCUUUUGUGGUGCAGUUCAAGGGCAAGGAUGGGCCCCAGGUGGUGCCUGUGGAGGGCCACGAGCGCUCGGCCACCAUGGCCCCCCUGGACUCUGGCCGCAAGUACAAAUUUCUCCUCUACGGCCUCCUGGGCAAGAAGCGCUUUGGACCCCUCACUGCAGACGGCACCACAGAGACCCCAGACGCUUAUGACCAUACCAGAACAAAGCAGCCCCCCAAACCUCAACUGGGGGAAGAGCUUCAGGUGACCAGUGUGACCCAAGACUCUGUGAGCCUCUCAUGGACAGUUCCAGAGGGUCAAUUUGACUCCUUCGUGGUCCAGUACAAGGACAGUGACGGGCAGCCCCAGGUGGUGCCGGUGGAGGGCAGCCUCAGGGAGGUCAGCGUCUCGGGCCUGGACCCUGCUCGUAGGUACAAGCUGCUGCUCUAUGGGUUAUACAACAACAAGCGUGUGGGUCCUCUCUCUGCCAUUGCCACAACUGACUCCAGGGAAAAAUAUGAAGCUGAGACUAAGGUUCCAAGCCCUCCCGUGGCUGUGCCCCGCCUGGGCCAGCUGACAGUGGAGGAGGCCAUGCCCGACAGCCUGCAUCUCUCCUGGAUGGUACCUGAGGGACAAUUUGACUCCUUUGAGGUCCAGUACACAGACAGAGAUGGGCAACUCCAAGUGGUCAGUAUAGAGGGCGACCAGACUGACAUCACCCUCACUGACCUGGAAUCCGAACACAGAUACCUGGUGACCUUAUAUGGUUUCCAUGAUGGAAAGCGCGUAGGUCCUGUCCAGAUUGAGGCUGUUACAGUGUCACAAAGUGAGGAAGAGGAAGAGCCCUCAGAAGCACCUACCACAACUGUGCAGCCUCCCCCCAAGCCACGCCUGGGGGAGCUGACCGUGACAGAUGCCACCCCCGACUCCCUGGGCCUCUCCUGGACGGUCCCCGAGGGACAGUUUGACCACUUCCUGCUGCAGUACAGGAACGGGGACGGGCAGCCCAAGGUGGUGAGGGUGCCAGGCCAUGAGGACCAGGUCACCAUCUCAGGCCUGGAGCCAGACCACAAGUACAAGAUGAACCUGUAUGGCUUCCACAGCGGCCAGCGCGUGGGCCCCGUGUCUGCCAUUGGGGUGACGGUGACAGAGGAAGAGACCCCCAGCCCCACAGAGCCCAGCACAGAGGCACCAGAGCCCCCCGAGGAGCCGCUCCUGGGAGAGCUGACCGUGACAGGAUCCUCUCCAGACUCCCUGAGCCUCUCCUGGACCAUCCCCCAGGGCCACUUUGACUCCUUCACUGUCCAGUACAAGGACAGUGAUGGGCGGCCCCAGGUGGUGCGUGUUGGAGGCCAGGAGAGGGAGGCCACUGUGGAGAACCUGGAGCCUGGGCGCAAGUACAAGAUGCACCUGUACGGAAUCUACCAGGGGCAGCGCAUGGGCCCUGUGUCCACCGUGGCAACAACUGGAUCCUCACCCUCCCUGGUGGGGGCCACAACGGAUGAGCCUCCUCCCUCAGGCCCUUCCACGACGCAGGGGGCUGAGGCCCCAAUUGUGUUGCAGAGCCUUCAGGAGCUGGGAGAGUUGAGGGUGCUAGGCAAAGAUGAGACAGGGCAACUCCGUGUGGCCUGGACUGCCCAGCCCGACAUCUUUGCCCACUUCCAACUGAACCUGCAGGUGCCCGAGGGGCCAGGGGCACAUGAAGAACUGCUGCCAGGAGAUGUCCGCCAGGCUUUGGUGCCCCCACCCCCUCCUGGGGCCCCUUACACGCUGUUACUUCAUGGGAUUCUCCCAGGGGGCAAGCCCUCUGUUCCAAUCACCUACCAAGGCAUCAUGGACAGAGCUGAGGAGAAGCCUAGGAAGUCCCCGGGCCCACCUCGCCUAGGUGAGCUGACGGCGUUGGACAUGGCCUCUGACUCCCUGCGCCUGCACUGGACGGUCCCCGAGGGAGAGUUUGACUCCUUUCUGAUCCAGUACAAGGAUAAGCAUGGACCCCAGGUGAUACCUGUGGAGGGGCCCCAGCGCUCGGCCCCCAUCACAUCCCUGGAACCAGGCCGCAAGUACAAGUUUGUGCUGUAUGGGCUUGUCGGCAAGAAGAGGCAUGGCCCCUUGGUGACUGAAGCCAAGAUCUUGCCUCACAGUGAGCCCAGCCCAGGAACCCCACCCCGCCUGGGAAAUCUGUGGGUGACAGAUCCCACCCCAGACUCUCUGCGCCUCUCCUGGACUGUCCCUGAAGGCCAGUUCGACUCCUUCAUGGUUCAGUACAGGGACAAGGAUGGACAACCCCAGGUGAUACCUGUGGAAGGGCCCGAGCGCUCAGUUGUUGUCUCCCCCUUGGACCCUGACCACAAGUACAGAUUCACCUUGUUUGGGAUUGCCAACAAGAAGCGAUAUGGCCCCCUCACAGCCGAUGGCACUACUGCCCCAGAGAUGGUAAAGGAGCCCCCUCGUUCUGAGAUCCUUGAGCAGCCCCCUCGCUCUGAGAUCCUUGAGCAGCCCCUCCUGGGAGAACUGAUGGUGACUGAUGUGACCCCCGACUCCCUGCACCUGUCCUGGACUGUGGCCCAGGGCCCCUUUGACUCCUUCACAGUCCAGUACAAGGAUGCGCAGGGGCAGCCCCAGGCUGUGCCUGUCAGGGGGGAUGAGAAUGAAGUCACUGUCCCUGGCCUGGAAUCCAACCGGAAGUAUAAGAUGAACCUCUACGGGCUUCGUGGCAGGCAGCGUGUGGGGCCUGUGUCUGUGGUGGCCAAGACGGCCCCAGAGGAGAUCUCCAGUCCUACAGAAGUAGACGAGAGUCCAAGCCCUACAGAACCCAGCACAGAGGCCUCAGAGCCCCCCAGAGAGCCACGCCUGGGGGAGCUGACCGUGACAGAUGCCACCCCCGACUCCCUGAGCCUCUCCUGGACAGUCCCCGAGGGACAGUUUGACCACUUCCUGGUGCAGUACAGGAACGGGGACGGGCAGCCCAAGGUGGUGAGGGUGCCAGGCCAUGAGGACCAGGUCACCAUCUCAGGCCUGGAGCCAGACCACAAGUACAAGAUGAACCUGUAUGGCUUCCACAGCGGCCAGCGCGUGGGCCCCGUGUCUGCCAUUGGGGUGACGGCUACAGAGGAAGAGACACCCAGCCCCACAGAGCCCAGCACAGAGGCACCAGAGCCCCCGGUAGAGCCGCUCCUGGGGGAGCUGACCGUGACAGGAUCCUCUCCAGACUCCCUGAGCCUCUCCUGGACCGUCCCCCAGGGCCACUUUGACUCCUUCACUGUCCAGUACAAGGACAGUGAUGGGCGGCCCCAGGUGGUGCGUGUUGGAGGCCAGGAGAGGGAGGCCACUGUGGAGAACCUGGAGCCUGGGCGCAAGUACAAGAUGCACCUGUAUGGAAUCUACCAGGGGCGGCGCGUGGGCCCCGUGUCCACCGUGGCAACAACUGAGGAACAAGCUGUGAGCACCCAAGCAGUGCCCACCACAACGCCCGAGUCUCCCCCCAAGCCUCGCCUGGGGGAGCUGACCGUGACAGAUGCUACCCCCGACUCCCUGAGCCUCUCCUGGACGGUCCCCGAGGGACAGUUUGACCACUUCCUGCUGCAGUACAGGAACGGGGACGGGCAGCCCAAGGUGGUGAGGGUGCCAGGCCAUGAGGACCAGGUCACCAUCUCAGGCCUGGAGCCAGACCACAAGUACAAGAUGAACCUGUAUGGCUUCCACAGCGGCCAGCGCACAGGCCCCGUGUCUGCCAUUGGGGUGACGGCUACAGAGGAAGAGACGCCCAGCCCCACAGAGCCCAGCACAGAGGCACCAGAGCCCCCUGAGGAGCCGCGCCUGGGAGAGCUGACCGUGACAGGAUCCUCUCCAGACUCCCUGAGCCUCUCCUGGACCGUCCCCCAGGGCCACUUUGACUCCUUCGCUGUCCAGUACAAGGAACACCAAGUUGUGAGCACCCAAGCAGUGCCCACCACAACCCCCGAGCCUCCCCGCAAGCCUCGCCUGGGGGAGCUGACCGUGACAGAUGCCACCCCCGACUCCCUGGGGCUCUCCUGGACAGUCCCCGAGGGACAGUUUGACCACUUCCUGCUGCAGUACAGGAACGGGGACGGGCAGCCCAAGGUGGUGAGGGUGCCAGGCCAUGAGGACCAGUACAAGGACAGUGAUGGGCGGCCCCAGGUGGUGCGUGUGGAGGCUGAGGAGAGAGAGGCCACCAUUGGAGACCUAGAGCCUGGGCGCAAAUACAAGAUGCACCUGUAUGGGGUCCACCAAGGGCAGCGCGUGGGCCCCGUGUCCACCGUGGGAGUGACUGCCUCCUUGCCCACACAGCCCCCAGUGGAGCCCCGCCUUGGGGAACUGGCGGUGGCAGAGGUGACUUCUGACACCGUGCGCCUAUAUUGGACUGUGGCCCAGGGCCUCUUCGAUUCCUUCCUGGUUCAGUACAAGGAUGCACAUGGGCAGCCCCAGACAGUGCCCGUGAGCAGAGACCUGCGUGAGGCCACCAUCUCUGGUCUGGACCCAUCCCGCAAGUACAAGUUCUUGCUCUUUGGACUCCAGGAUGGGAAGCGCCGUGGCCCCAUUUCUGUGGAAGCAAAGACCAUGCCAGACACAAAGCCCUCUCCCCGCCUGGGGGAGCUGACAGUGACAGAUGUGACCACGGACUCCGUGGGCCUGUCCUGGACAGUCCCUGAGGGGGAAUUUGACUCCUUCCUGGUCCAGUACAAGGACAGGGAUGGGCAGCCCCAGGUGGUGCCCGUGGCAGCAGACCAGCGAGAGGUCACUGUCCCGAGUCUGGAGCCACAUAGGAAAUACAAGUUCCUGCUCUACGGCCUGGCAGGCAGGAAGCGGCUGGGCCCCAUCUCUGCAGAAGGCACUACAGCACCCCUGGAGAAGACGCCACAGCCCCCACCCCGCCUUGGGGAACUGGCAGUGACAGAGGAGACCCCAGACUCGCUGCGGCUCUCAUGGACGGUGGCCCAGGGCCUCUUUGACUCCUUCCUGAUCCAGUACAGGGACAGGGAUGGUCAGCCUCAGGCAGUGCCUGUGACUGCAGACCAGCGGGAAGUCACUGUCCAAGGCCUGGAGCCUGGCAGGAAAUACAAGUUUCUGCUCUAUGGGCUCUCCGGAGGGAAGCGCUUGGGUCCUGUCUCUGCCCUGGGAGUAACAGCCCCAGAAGAGGCAAUGCCGACCCCCGAGGGCUCAGAGCCCAGUGAAGCACCCCGCCUAGGGCUCCUGACUGUGACCAAAGCAACGCCAGACUCUCUGGGCCUCGAGUGGAGUGUGACCCAGGGCCCGUUUGACUCCUUCGUGGUCCAGUAUCAGGACACAGAUAGGCAGACCCAGGCCUUGCUCGUGGAUGGUGACCAGAACCAAGUCCUCAUCUCAGGCCUGGAGCCCAGCACCUCCUACAAGUUCUUCCUCUAUGGUCUGCAUGAAGGGAAGCGCCAGGGGCCCAUCUCUGCGGAGGGCAUCACAGGGUCAGCUCCUGCUGGCCAGACCCCGGGGGACCCAGGGCCCCGGCUCUCCCAGCUGUCAGUGACUGAUGUGACCACCAUUUCUCUACGGCUCAACUGGGAGGCUCCACUUGGGGCCUUCGAUUCCUUCCUGCUCCGCUUUGGGGUCCCGUCACCCCGCACCCUGGAGCCACACCCACGUCCGCUGCUACAGCGGGAGUUGGUGGUCCCGGGGACACGGCGCACGGCCAUACUCCGGGACCUGCGGCCGGGGACCUUGUACAGUCUCACUCUGUACGGCCUGCGGGGGCCUCACAAAGCCGACAGCAUCCAGGGCACUGCCCGGACCCUCAGCCCAGUUUUGGAGAGCCCCCGAGACCUCCAAUUCACCGAAAUCGGAGAGACCUCAGCCCAGGUCAACUGGGUGCCACCAUUAUCCAGGGUGGACAGCUUCAAAGUUUCCUACCAGCUGGCAGAUGGAGGAGAGCCCCAGAGCGUGCAGGUGGAUGGCCGGGCCCAGUCCCAGAAGCUCCAGGGUCUGAUCCCAGGAGCUCGCUAUGAGGUCACUGUGGUCUCUGUCCGCGGAUUUGAGGAGAGUGAGCCGCUCACAGGCUUCCUCACCACAGUUCCCGAUGGCCCAACCCAGCUUCGUGCGCUGAACUUGACGGAGGGGUCUGCCCUGCUGCACUGGAAGGCCCCCCAGAACCCUGUGGAUGCAUACAACGUUCAGGUGUCCGCCCCUGGAGCUCCAUCACUCCAGGCCUCAGCGCCUGGCAGUGCUGUGGACUACCCACUGCGUGACCUGGUGACCCACAUCAACUACACCGCCACUGUGCGUGGCCUCCGGGGCCCCAACUUCACCUCCCCGGCCAGCAUCACCUUCACCACUGGGUUGAAGGCCCCCCAGGACUUGGAGGCCAAGGAUGUGACUCCUCGGACAGCACUGUUCACUUGGACCGAACCCCAAGUCUCACCCACAGGCUACCUGCUCAGCUUUGACACACCUGGCGGACAGACCCAGGAGAUCCUGCUCCCCGCAGGGGUUACCUCACACCGGCUUCUCCGCCUCUACCCCUCCACCCUCUACAAUGCUCGGCUCCAGGCCGUGUGGGGCGAGAGCCUCACGCCACCCGUGUCCACCUCCUUCACCACGGGUGGGCUGCGGGUCCCUUUCCCCCGGGACUGCGGGGAGGAGAUGCAGAAUGGGCCCAGCACCUCGAGGACCACCACCGUCUUCCUCAACGGCAACCGCGAGCGGCCCCUGGAUGUGUUCUGUGACAUGGAGACGGAUGGGGGCGGCUGGCUGGUGUUCCAGCGCCGCAUGAAUGGAAAGACAGACUUCUGGAGGGACUGGGAAGAGUAUGCUCACGGGUUUGGGAACAUCUCUGAAGAGUUCUGGCUGGGCAACGAAGCCCUACACAGCCUCACACAGUCUGGUGACUACUCCAUGCGUGUGGACCUCCGCACUAGGGAUGAGGCGGUGUUCGCCCAGUAUGACUCCUUCCAAGUAGACUCAGCGGCUGAGAACUACCGGCUCCACCUAGAGGGCUACCAUGGCACUGCAGGCGACUCUAUGAGCUACCACAGUGGCAGUGUCUUUUCGGCCCGUGAUCGAGACCCCAACAACCUGCUCAUCUCCUGUGCGGUCUCCUACCGUGGAGCCUGGUGGUAUAGGAACUGCCACUAUGCCAACCUCAAUGGACUGUACGGGAGUGUGGUGGACCACCAGGGAGUGAGCUGGUACCACUGGAAGGGCUUCGACUUCUCAGUGCCCUUCACGGAAAUGAAGCUAAGACCAAGAAGCUACCAGCCCCCUGCCAGAGGAGGCUGAGCUGCUACCCACCUCUCUUGCACCCCAGUAUGACUGCCGAGCACUGAGGGGUCGUGCUCAGAGAAGAGCCAGGAGCCUUCACCACCCGGCCUCCUGAAGCAGCCUUCUCUGCCCAUGAUCUCACAGCACCAUGUUUACAGGGGGGAGGGGAAGGGUUGGUACGGGUGCAAUAAAGGAAAAACUGAGGCA